AUGCCAGCGGAGGCCGCGGAUUUGCUUCGGAGCAUGCCCUUUCAGAAGCACGUCUACUACCCGCUCGCGGCCGCCGGCGGCCUGGAGGGACCCGACGCCUCCGCAGCGGCCGCGGCGGGCGGGGCCGCCACGGCCUGUGGCCCCCCCAGCGCGGCGUCGGGCCCCCUGCCCUUCUUCCAGUUCCGCCCGCGGCUGGAGAGCGUGGACUGGCGGCGGCUGAGCGCCAUCGACGUGGACAAGGUGGCGGGCGCCGUGGACGUGCUCACGCUGCAGGAGAACAUCAUGAACAUCACCUUCUGCAAGCUGGAGGACGAGAAGUGCCCGCACUGCCAGUCGGGGGUGGACCCGGUGCUGCUGAAGCUCAUCCGCCUGGCGCAGCUCACCAUCGAGUACCUGCUGCACUCGCAGGAGUUUCUCACCUCGCAGCUGCACGGCCUGGAGGACCGGCUGCGCCGGAGCCUGGCUGAAGGCGAGCACAGCAAGAAGCUGCUUACCAAGCAGGCCGGCGAGAUCAAGCUGCUCAAGGAAGAAUGUAAACGCAGGAAGAAGUUGAUCUCCACCCAGCAGCUGAUGAUCGAGGCCAAAGCCAGCUAUUACCAGUGCCAUUUUUGUGACAAGGCCUUUAUGAACCAAGCUUUCCUACAAAGUCAUAUUCAGCGCCGCCACCCUGAAGAUUCGCAUCUUGAGUAUAAGACAAGGGCGCAGACGGACAAGCUCCAAAGUGAGAUCGACAUGUUGAAGGAGCAGCUGCAGCUCACCAAGUCUCAGCUCGAGGCUGCACAGCUCGCCCAUGCAGUCAGGUUCUCUAAGGAAUAUGAAAUGCAGAAAACAAAAGAGGAAGAAUUUCUGAAGUUAUUCGAUAGAUGGAAAGAAGAAGAAAAGGAGAAACUAGUUGAUGAAAUGGAAAAAGUCAAGGAAAUGUUUAUGAAGGAGUUUAAAGAACUGACUUCUAAGAACUCAUCAUUAGAAUAUCAAUUGUCAGAAAUCCAGAAGUCCAAUAUGCAGAUCAAGUCUAACAUAGGCACGCUAAAAGAUGCACAUGAGUUUAAAGAAGAACGUCCACAGCAUCCCCAGGAUUUCCAAAAUGUGAUGCAGCUACUUGACAAUCAGGAAAGCAAGUGGACAGCUCGUGUUCAGGCUCUUCAUCAAGAACACAAGAAAGAAAAGAGCCGGCUCCUGUCACAUAUAGAGAAACUUCGAACUUCCAUGAUAGAUGAUCUAAAUGCAAGUAACGUCUUCUAUAAAAAAAGGAUAGAAGAGCUAGGGCAGAGGCUCCAGGAACAGAACGAGCUGAUCAUCACUCAGAGACAGCAGAUUAAAGAGUUCACCAGUAAACCAUUAAACAGUGUCAGUGAACCCAAAGGGAGUCUUUUAACCUGGCAAACUUUUGAAUCUAAGCCAACUGCCCCAACUGUACCGAUGAAUACUCCAGCCCCCCAGACACUGGAUGCGAAGUCAAGUCUAACAAUGGCACAUGAACAGGCAUUCUCAUCGCACAUACUGGAACCAAUAGAAGAACUUUCAGAGGAAGAAAAAGGAAGAGAAAAUGAACAGAAAUUCAAUGACAACAAGAUACAUAUAAGGAAAACUUUGAAGAAUAACCCUUCCCUCACUAAAGAAAUAAGAACUGUCUUGGAGCAGAGUUUGGUGGAGAAACUGGAAACCUUGGGGAUUAAUGCAGAUAUACGUGGUAUUUCAAGUGAUCACUUGAAUAGAGUGCUAAGAACUGUGGAAUCAACAAGACACGAGCGAGAAAGACAAAUACCUAACAUUCAGCAAAUUCGAGAAUUCCUUAAACAUCAGGUCAGCUGUAAAAUUGAAGAGAGAACACUGCUGUCCACAGACAGGUACGGUGCUUCUCAAAUGGACACCCUUUCAACUGGAGAACUACCUAAAGCAAUACACCUUCCUCCCAAAAGCAGACAGCUGAUUAGACAAAGACCUGUUUUUUCUGAUAGAACAUCUGUUCCAAAAGUUAAGAAAAAUGCCACAGAAGAUCAUUUUCCCAGGAGGUCUUCCACUAUUGCGACUCCUCCCUUCAGUUCCGAGGAGGAGCUGGAUGCUGACGACCUCAUCCAGGCGUUCGCCUCCCCAGACGUACUUCCUGUGCUGGCUUCUAAAAGCAACAAGAGUAGUUUCGUAAAGAGCACCGUCAAAAGCGACACUGACUGGACGGAGGGAAGUGAAAUUGAGGACUCUGAUAUUUCCCCCAAGCCCACAGGAACCUCCAUUAAAACAUUAACUGGAAAAGUUGAAAAGACGGUUUCAAAUCAUAGAAAUAUGAAUAAGCCACUUGGUGGAAUUAAUGUUGCUGACACGUUCAUCAAAAAAGAACUAAAAGAAGAUCUAAAGUGUACAGAUGUGGAUGAUGAUGACUGGGACAUAUCAUCCUUAGAGGAAGACAGAUCUAUAGGGAGAAAAGCUGAGAGAGAACAGAAGGAACCUCCUCCACCUGUGAAGAAUGAGUCAAAUUCUACUCAAGUGCCAAAUGCCUGGGGUGCAGCUAACCCGAAAGGACCAAAGGGAGAAGGACCUCAGGAUGAGUCCAGUACAUUGAAAAGCAGCUUAGUAACUGUGACUGACUGGAGUGACUCUUCAGAUGUGUAA